ACUGUUCCUCCAUUUUCGAUUUCUCUAUUCCUCUCUCUCUCUCUCUCUCUCUCUCUCUCUCUCUCUCUCUCUUUCUCUCAUUGCCUUUCUCUCUUCCCUGUCCUCUCAUUUUCUCUCCCAUUCUCAGAGUAGGAAGUUCCUGCGAUAUAUAAUAUGGCGUCGGAUAAGGGUCGGCCUCUACCAAAAUUUGGUGAGUGGGAUGUGAACAAUCCGGCCUCGGCCGAGGGGUUUACUGUCAUAUUUAGCAAAGCUAGAGAUGAGAAGAAAUCUAAUGGGACGUCUGCUGCGAGUGGAGCGAUAACACAAAGGAAUGAUAAUCCGUCUAAACCAGAAGAAAUUUAUCAAAAUCCCGCAAUGAAAAAAUGGUUUUGCUGUUUCUGAAACUCAGACUAGCUUCGCAGCUGCAUGCAUGUACGUGAGAUGGCGGUAUAUGAACAUGGUGGUGUUGACAGUGGGGAAUAAAAUGGCGGUCUGUUUCAUCUUUUACAUGAUAUUUUUGUUAAACAACUUUGGUGUUCCAAAUCUCUGUGUAUGUAAUAUAGGAGGAAAUUAAGAAAGACGACAAAUACAAGUUAAUUGCACUAUUUUUCUGAA